CUUGGCUAGGGUGCGAAUCAAAUCACACGUUCUAAUUGGGCAAAAUCUGUAUGUCACCUUAUCCUAUAUCCAUUUUCUCUACCACCCAUCAUCUCUUCUAUGCAACAAAAAUAGCUUCUUCUCAUUUUUCACAAAUACUUCUUCAUUUCCUACUUCUCUCCAUGACUCCAUCCAACUUUUCUAUGGCCAUGGCAUCCCAAGCUUCCCUUUUCACCCCAUCUAUCUCGACGUCGAAAACAGCCGAUCCCCGUGUCGUCGCCCCAUGGAAGCAAUCCGUUUCUUCCUUCUCCGCCCCUAAAUUGUCCAAGUCUGCAGUGACAUACCGUCCUAUCAAGGCUAUGGCAGAUGAGAAGGCCCAAUCAGCCACUAAAGAGGCCGAGCCAGCGGCACCAGUGGGCUUCACACCACCACAAUUGGACCCAAGCACACCAUCUCCAAUAUUUGGUGGAAGCACUGGUGGGCUUCUACGUAAGGCCCAAGUUGAGGAGUUUUAUGUGAUCACUUGGGAAUCACCUAAAGAACAGAUCUUUGAAAUGCCCACUGGUGGUGCUGCUAUCAUGAGAGAAGGCUCAAAUUUGCUGAAAUUGGCCCGUAAAGAACAGUGUUUGGCACUUGGUACUAGGCUUAGGUCCAAAUACAAGAUUAACUAUAGAUUUUACAGAGUAUUCCCUAAUGGUGAAGUCCAAUACUUGCACCCAAAAGAUGGUGUGUACCCAGAAAAAGUGAACCCGGGCCGCCAAGGAGUUGGGCAGAAUUUCAGAUCCAUUGGUAAAAAUAAGAGCCCAAUUGAAGUGAAGUUUACAGGCAAACAAGUGUAUGAUAUUUAAGGCGAUAGUGAUGAUUAAGGUGGCUUUGUAAUUGUCUUUAACACGUAAUGUAUGAUUUUGUGAUUAUUUAAUGUUUGUAUCAAAUUUAUUGUCAUUACACACAAAGCAUGGAUACAAUUUGCCGUAUGUCAA